AUGCACCCUUUCCGUACCCCAUGCCACCCAAAGGGCAACAACAGGGUGGUAAUGGCAAAUAAAAAAAAUCGUUUUCAAACUCCCAUAUACUGCAUCAUAUGGAGGUCUUGGUUCGAUGUCGUUACUGUUUUGACGCAACGGUUAGACGUGGCUGACGUCUUCGCAGCCGUUUCUCGGUAG